GAGAGAGAGAGAGAGAGAGAGAGAGAGAGAGAUGGCGGCGCUUCUUCUUCCCGUGAACCUGAGCUUUCCUCCUCUUCCUCCUGCUGCUGCUUCGUUUGGUUUCUCUUCAUUUUCUCGUUCGCUUUUCCCUAUUAAUCACCGAAUUCCCGCCAAGUCAAUUCCAGUACUACACUCACAAUCCAACCUUACAUUUCCAUUUCCAGGUCCUCAAUUUGAAUUCAGGGAAAAGGCGAGAGCUUGUAGAUUAAGGAUCACUCCUCGCUGCUCCGCAAACUCUGAGAAUGAAGAGUCUAGAGUUGUGAAGGAGAAGAGCGUAUCGGUGAUUCUAUUGGCUGGAGGGAAGGGAAAAAGGAUGGGAGCGAGCAUGCCAAAGCAGUAUAUCCCACUUUUAGGCCAACCGAUUGCUUUAUAUAGUUUGUACACUUUCUCACAAUUGAUUGAAGUGAAGGAAAUCAUUGUGGUUUGUGAUCCCUCCUACAAGGACGUUUUUGAAGGAACCAAAGAGAAGAUUUGUGUGGAACUUAAAUUCACACUCCCUGGGAAGGAAAGACAAGAUUCUGUCUACAGUGGACUUCAGGCAGUUGAUUUAAGCUCAGAGCUUGUUUGCAUCCAUGAUUCUGCAAGACCUUUGGUAUCAUCAGGAGAUAUAGAAAAGGUUCUUAAAGAUGGUUGGCUGAAUGGAGCAGCAGUACUUGGGGUUCCUGUAAAAGCUACGAUCAAAGAGGCCAACAGCGAAUCUUUUGUAGUAAAAACUCUGGACAGGAAAAAACUUUGGGAAAUGCAGACCCCACAGGUCAUUAAACCCGAGUUACUUAAAAAGGGUUUUGAGCUUGUAAAUAGAGAAGGACUUGAAGUCACAGAUGACGUAUCUAUUGUGGAGCACCUGAAGCAUCCUGUAUACGUUACUGAAGGAUCUUACACCAACAUCAAGGUCACAACCCCAGAUGAUUUAUUACUUGCAGAGAGAAUAUUGAGUAUGAGCUCUGGAGAGUCUUCUUAGCCAGCCCCAACUGUUUGGCUUCAUUUUUGUAUUUUAUGUUUGUUCCAAUAUUCUUUUAGCAACUUUGUUGUCUGUUUUGAGUAAUAAAAUCUUUUUUCUUCAUAA